GUAUCACACGGACGGCCAUGUUUCCGAAACACAAACAACAAGAAGAGCAGCGACUAGGAGCCAGCAGACACAUACUGAUACGCAGCAGCGACCGUUGGAGGAGAGGGAAAAAAUAAUAAAUAAAAUACAGAGCACGACUUUCUAAAAGUACGAUUCUGUCGAAUGAAUACGUUUACAGUGUUUAAAGAGACCAAUGCAUACGAUAUAUUGGCUGUAGACACACGGUGCAGACAACCAGUCUGGUAACGUUAGCUAUAAACAGUGAAGUGGUGCAAAGGGAGGAGGACAGGAAAUAAAGGAGUUACCUGGAGGGUCUCCGUCAAUCCACAUUUCAGUUGGAGCGAGACAAAAAGGCACGGAGGGAGAGAGAGAAAAGAAAAGAGGAGUACGAGUCGCGUCUGCUCUUGGCAGCUGUUCCAGCAGCCUGUUUCAGUGUUUUGGCUGUUAUUUUGUUCCUGCGUUACCUUUUUGAUAAAUCAAUUCAUAUUUUUAACUUUAAUGUGAGAUAUAACUGCUGUAAAAAGAAAACAUUAUUACUAGCAAGAGUGUUUUAUUUUGUUCCAUCGUUAAUUUCUAAGGUUCUUUUUGUUUCAAUUUUUUUUGUUUAUCAACCCUUUUUCGGCUGUGAGUAGCAGGAGCUUCCAAUCUCCAAACUAUCGUCGACCCCCCCCUUCCUUAUCUAGUUAGGACCUGAUAACCUGGUAUUCCUCAAGCACCUGAAACUGGCAGCUAUUCUCUUUGUGUCUGUGUGUUUGGGGAGCUCUGUGACCACAGCUUAAGCACCACUCAGCCUUUUAGUCACCUAAGCCUAACUAAAGCCAGCCAGCUCAAGUCUGGUCCAGCCCAGUCCAGCCUGCUCCGAUCAUCUGGACAGGAUACUCAAUUCUGUGUAGACGUGAGGAAUAUGACUGCUGAGACUCUUAACUUCGGCCCAGAAUGUACACAAAAUAUCUUUUGGUUGUUUGAACAAAAGCUAUUUGAAGACAUCAUCUUGGACUCUAACAAAAGGCUCCGUGCACUGUCCAGUGGGGGGAGUGUGACGUCCCCCCCUCCUUCCCCCGCCAUGCCAAAGUACAAGUUGGCCGAGUACCGCUACGGCCGAGAGGAGAUGUUAGCACUUUAUAUCAAAGACAACAAGGUCCCAGAGGACAUGCAGGAUAAGGAGUUUGCUGCUAUUCUGCAAGAUGAGCCCAUGCAGCCACUGGCACUGGUGCCUCUCACUGAGGAGGAGCAGAGGAACUUCUCCAUGUCUGUGAACAGUGUGGCGGUGCUGAGGCUCAUGGGAAAAGGGGUGGGCGGGGCUGCCCCAGCUGGAGUGGUCCGAGGACGAGGGGCCACACGAGGUGGUCGAGGACGAGGUCGUGGUGAAGGUGGAUUCUACCAAAGAAGUAUUGAAGAAGCGGAGGUGGGUUUUGGACGCAGUGUCCGAGAGAUACACCGCAGCCAGAGCUGGGAUGACCGGGGUGAGCGUCGAUUUGAGAAGCCGCUGCGGCGGGAGGUGGGGCGUCCUGGCUUUGAAGAAACUGUAGGUCCCGUGGUUCCAGGAAGGAAGGAGUACACAAGGGCUGACAGCGAUAACUGGCGCAUCCUCCGGGAGGAGCAGGAGGAGGAGGAGGGGGUGGAGCCGGGCACCAACUGGAGACUCGCUGGAGCCCGCAGGGAUGUAUCCUCACUGAUGGCGGUCAACUCUUUGUCAGAUGGUGGUCCUCGCUCAGCAGGCUGGCGAGAGCAUACUGGUCCAGGUGAGAGUCGUCGUCGGAAGUUUGAUUUCGAUUUCCGGGACUCUGAGGGCCAUGGUGGUGGCCGCCGGCGUGCAGGCAGUGAGGGACAAGAGGAUGACAGGGACGGCCUGCCAGAGUGGUGUACAGACGAGGAGGAUGGGGAGAUGGGCACGUUUGACUCCUCUGGAGCUUUCAUGACUAUGAAGGGUGGCAAGGAGACAAUCCUGGAGGAUGAGUUUGAGUUUAAGGGGAUAGAGGAGGAAGAAGAAGAAGAGGAGAACUUCGCUGACAUUGAGAGGAACAGUGCUGAAGGAGACAAAGACAACGAGAGUAAAGAAUGUGGCUCUGCAGUAGGGGAUGGCGAGACAAAGCCAGCAUCGCCUUCCUCCUCUCCUCCAGCUCUCCCAAACUGUACCCCUCCAGCUCUGGAGCCUCGGCCCAGCAACGCUGGCCCAGCGGCGGACAGCCCUCAGCUAAACAACAGCCACCCUGUCAAGGCCAGCAGCAUGCCCAGUGAUGUGUCAGACAUGGCUCCGCUAGGGGGCUCCAAGGCCCAGCUGAGCCCUAGCGCCCCCACCUCUUCCAGUCUGCCUCCCCCACCCCCUUCCUCUGCUGCUCCUCUCCACCCUCCACCUGGAGGAGAUGCAGAGGAUGAUGAGGGCAUGAAGCACCUGCAGCAGGAGGCAGAGAGGAUGGUGGCAUCACUGCAGGACACUUCUUUGGAGGAGGAGUGUUUCACCCAGGCGUUGCAGCAGCAGCAGGAGAGCAGGAACACAGCAGCUGCUCUGCCGCUGUCGCAUGAGGCCGCCAUGAAGUGGUUCUACAAGGACCCACAGGGAGAAAUCCAGGGUCCAUUCACCACAGUGGAGAUGUGCGAGUGGUUCCAGGCUGGCUACUUCACCAUGACCCUUCUGGUGAAGCGGGGCUGCGACGAGGGCUUCCAACCCCUUGGCGACGUCAUCAAGAUGUGGGGCCGCGUGCCCUUCGCCCCAGGGCCCUCCCCGCCGCCCCUGCUGGUGAGACAGCCACCACCAACGCAGCGCCCGCAGCCCACCCGAGGGCCCGCCGGGACUGUGAGUCAGAGCUCAGCCAACGUAGAGGAUGGGGAGGGGAGGAUGCAGAGGAGAGGGAAGCUUGAUAGACAGGUUACGGGAAACCUGGACCAGGACCGUCUGAAAAAGCAACAGGAGCUGGCAGCAGCAGCUCUUUAUCAGCAGCUCCAACAGCAGCAGCUAUUCCAGCUCAUUAACAGGUGCAGUGAGCAGGGUAUGAUGCCUUCGAUGAACAGGUCGAUGUCAGUGCCAGAUACAGGGUCCAUGUGGGACAUGCAUACCUCAGCUUCACAGCCGUCAGGCGGUGAAGCCAGUCUUUGGGACAUAACAAUGAAUCCUUCUACUCAGGGUCCAACUCUCGAACAGCUUCAAAAGCUCCAGCAGGAGAGGCGAGACGCUGAACUCAGGGCGAAGCGCGAGGAGGAGGAGCAGCGUAAGAGGAGGGAGGAGAAGAGGAGGCAGCAGGAGGAGCAAAAGAGGAGGGAUGAGGAGGAGCUCUUCAGACGCAAGCAAUGUCGUCAGCAGCAGGAACUGAUCAUGAAGUUGCUGCAGCAGGCCCCCCAGCAGCAGGGUCCUGGGGCAAGCGGCUCAGGCUGGAGCGGGGCUCCCUCCUCUGGGUUAUCCAAAUCAGGAAAGCCCCCGGCUCUGGCUCUGCUGGAAAUGCAGCAGGAGGCGGAGAGGCUCCUGAAGCAGCAGCAGCAACAGAGACAGCAGCAGAGAGACCGCCACUCCGGCAUGUCAAUGGGAAGCUCCUCCAUGGGAGGGCAGUGGGUGGAUGGUGUUGGCAUGUGGGGCGGGCCUGGAGGUAUGGAGGGUAAGGGCGGCAGUGGAAGCUCUUCAGGCAGCAUGGGCAUGUGGGACGAGGCUGUGAAGAACCAAACCGGCCUGCGUGGCAACAGCAACAACAACAUGGGCUUGAAGAACAGCCGCAGCAGCCCUUCACUCAGUGAUCAGUACAUGAUGCGUCGUAAGCGGACGGAAGAGGAGGAGAAGCUGCUGAAGCUGCUGCAGGGCAUGAAGCCUCAGGACGGCUUCACUACCUGGUGUGAACAGAUGCUGCACGCUCUCAACACCUCUGCCAACAACUCCUCCUCCUCUCUGGAUGUUGCCACAAUUGUGGCAUACCUGAAGGAGGUGGAGUCUCCCUAUGCAGUACUGGACUUCAUCCGGUCCUAUCUAGGGGACACAGUGGAAGCCAAAGAGUUCGCCAAACAGUUUCUGGAGCGACGUGCCAAACAGAAAGCCAACCAACAGAGACAGCAGCAGCAGCAGUUAUCAAAGGAAGUGGCUGGAUUGAACAUGAACUUCCCUCUGCAGGACUCAAUGCGAGGUAUGAAUCCAAGCACCCUGCAGUCCAUGUUUCAAGCUAACCACAUGGGCAAGGCUGGUCUCUAUGACAACCAGGGGGGAAAGAUGAAGAAGAAACAGCCCAUGAUGCUGCACUCUGACCCCAGCAUCUUAGGGUACUCAUUCCACAACACGGGCGAGUGUCUGAGCCUGAAUGAGAUGGAGAUGGUGGAGGAUUACUGAUGUGACGCAGCGCAGCAGCAAUAGCUACCUGAGGCCUUCUGUCUUUUAAUCAGACAAACCUGAUAACGAAUGUGCACUGCUGGGGGUACUGGGGGUGGGGAGGGUGUGGGGUGGUGAUAGGAAGGGAGCAAGUGUGAGGGGAGGUGCAGGGUGGAGGCGCCUGGAUCUGCGCCUCCCACUCCUUCCUUCCCUCGGGCAAGAAAAAAAAGGGCUCCCUGCUGCACCAGUUGAUCACUUGAGCAGGGGUGAGGAGGGGUGAUGUUAAAAGUAUGAUGGGUAUCCUCUGGCACUCAAAAGAUUAAGCACCUUAUACUGAACUAAUGCACUUUAUUGAGAUGGGAUUUGAAUAGUUUUUUUUUCUUUGUGUGUGAGUGAGUGUGUGUGUGUUGGGAAUCAGUGCACAUACGGUAUGUGUACAUACACAUUAUCUGUGUGGCUGGCAUCAGAACUGGAAGGGGUCGGUGAAACAGUCGGUGGGGUGAAUGGUUUUCAAAGUCAGGGGGACCUUUAGUUGAAACCUUAUCAGAGAGCAAAUCCUUUCUCAAAAGACAAACACUGUUGAUAUUUCUCUUGUUUAGCAUUUUUUUACGUUUAUAUAAAAAGUAAAGCUAUUGAAAAAUGGAUUAUAAAAAAAACUUGAAGAUUUGCACUUGCCUAAAAAAGAAAUAACAAAAAAAAAAAAAAAAAAAAUCAAACAAAUGGGGUUAGUUGUAGAAGUAAAUAUUUUUGUGAAUGUGUAUGGAUGACUGUAAGAGUGACUGAUGUGUGAUGGUUGGUUUGUGUCAGUAAUAUACCAGUCUGCACAAUGUCUGUUUUUUGUUUUUUUUUCUCAUUCUUUUGUUGCUUACCAAGAUGUAUGAAACAUAAGAGGCCAUUUUUGUCUUUUUUGUUCAAAUGGUAAUUUUGUAUUCUCAUGUUUGGAGUGUGUGUGUGUAUGUGUGUGUGUGUGUGUGUGUGUGUGUGUGUGUGUGUGUGUGUGUGUGUGUGUGUGUGUGUGUGUGUUCGUUCUCCAAACAGGGACUUGAUCUGUAUGUUUUGAGAGAGAGAGGGCAAUUGCACAACACAUCCUUUCUCUCACCAGCUCUUCAUCCCCAGUUAGACGAAAUAGAAUUGCAUACAUUUGUAAAUGUUAGCUUUGCGCUCAUCAUAAGAUGACCACCACUAGUUUAUUACCCUUAGCCUCUCCCCAUGGGGAGCUGUCGCUAGACCUGUGAGGACUAGCAGGCAGGGCGAAUCAUGAGGGACAUUACUGUGUGUGUGCAUCAGAAUGAGACGUUGUGUGUGUGUGUUUUCAGAGUGCAUGUUCAUUUACUGUUCAUAGAAAUGAGUUAAAACUACAGGUACUCAUUUUGAAUACAUGUUUUUUUGUAUGUGUAUGAAUGCACAUUUGUGCCUAAGAACUUGGAUAGGGUGCGUGGCCAUUGAGACAUUAACUCUUUUUUGAGAGCGAGUGUGAUGUGUGUCAGUGCUCAGCACAGUGUAUGUAAAGUAUGUAAGUUUAUAUCGUAAAUAUUUCUAGUUCAGUCUAGGGGUGAUCCAUCGGAAGGUUAGUCCGGUCUGUUUUCCUGGGAUGUGAUCACGUUGCCUUUUGUCAGCUCUCGAACUUGUGAAUGAAAGGUGUCGAGUUUCUGACUCUGAAAAGAAAAGAAAAAAAGCAUCUUAAUGUGCAAGUGCACAGAACGGUGCAUGAAAUGUUAGCAUAUUGUGUUACUUAUUCGUUGUUGCAAUUUGAUAAUGACGAGUUUUCUUUUUUUAAUGAAAAAUAUAUAUGAAUAUAUACAUUAUAUACAAAGUUUAAAAAGUAUUUGGACUAAGAUAAUGAGCACUUGGGGCUGCUAUUUUUGUUGUGUUUAAAAAAAAAAAAAAAGAUUUCCUUAAUUUUUUUUUUUUUUCAUCUUGUUUCAUUAUCGCCAUGUGAAGUGUGUGUGUGUAUUAUUUCUUAAGAAAAUAUUGAAUGUAUUCCAAAAAAAUGACAAGAAACCCGUGCUGAUACCAGAUUUUUUUUUUUUUUUUUUUUUUCCUCAGAAGAUUUAAAAAAUGGAAACAAAAUACAAAAAAGCUUCAAAGAGUUUAGCGAGAACUUUUUUUUUUUCUAUUUACACAAUGGAGAAGAAUUAAAACUGGGAAUGGAUACAGUUGAACACACUGCCUCUACAAUCCUGGUCGUACAAAUAGUGACUAAGAAUUAAAGGAAAGGACUCUUUCUAUUCCAUACUGGAGCUUUGGUUGUUUACAAACCACAUGGAUAUCUGUGGGUGCAGUUGUUUUGUUUUAAUUUUGUUCUUUUUGUUCCCACAUAAGAUGGGUGGGGUUUGCAAGUGCGCUUCUGCCAUAUGGACAUUGAGUGGUGUUGGUUUUUUUUUUGGUUUUUUUAAGGAAGAGUGGCAGGUAUCACAAGAACAUGAACAAGAUCCUCUAACCGGACCUUUGUGUGUGGUCGUGGAUUCUGAGACUUGAUCAACCACGGAGCGGAGGUGGGAAAAUCAAGGACGGGCUCUGUUUUGUGGAGAACGGAGUGCAUAACCCUUGAGGGAACUGAGAGGGUGAUAGAGUACACCUGGUUAGUGCACUUGUCUUCACCUCAACCCCUCAUAAGCGCUCAACGCCCUGCCCUCACCAACUCACCUAUGCACUUUUGUUCAUUCAAGCUGUGAGGUACCAUUUUGGGGAUGGGAGCACAAUUACAACAGGAGGAUUGCUAUGACUUGGACAAAGUCACUGAAAAGAUACUCCCAAACUGAAAAUAAGAGACUCGAGAAGCACGUCUUCUCCCACCUCCUGUAUAUAACCAUAUUUUUGUAUUAUCUUUCAGAGUAGAAAGAAAAAAUUGCAAAUGGAUGAAGGAAAAUUCAUGAGACGUUGAUAAUAUGGAGUGAAUGUUCUUCAAGAAAACCAAUCUUUUGAAUAUAGUUUGCGAUUGACUCGCUGAGAGUUUCCCUUAUUUUGCCAGUAACCCUGAAAUAAUCGGGGAUGGAAGAGGGUUAAAAGAAAAAAGAAAAACCCAUGGACUGAGGUGUUGGACAUGCUGCAGUGGCUCCAAGACUGACUGAUAGUUACUUAUCAAAAUGGAUGCUGCAGUCGCUAUAAAGAGCCCACGCCAAGUGUUUGAUCAACAUACACAGUGAAGAGGCAGCCAUGGGUUUGAAGAGCUGCUGGCGAGGAUGCUUCUACUUGGUGCCCCAACCCGAUGACUGCCUUGAGAGCUGUAGAGUGACUGAAGGAAGAAAAAUCUUCGGCAGUGGAGUCUGGCUGUGCUUUAUUUGCUGCCCUCUGCAUGGAGGAUCUAAUCUACAGCCAACCCAUGAACCAGUUAUCCCUAAACCUGUCCUUUUUGAACUUAAAUCCUAAGAAACUUUUCUGUCUUGACCUCGGACUGGGCAGGCCAUUGGCAUUAUCAGUUGGACAGUUACCGGAUGAAGUUACAGGUUUAUCGACCAUGGAGCCCAUCUGUGUUGGAAGUGUAAGGUUUGGGAUUUGAUCGGGCGCUCUCCGGCGAGAAAGAGGAUAAAGAGGCACGUAUUGCCCAGAUGUCAUCACCCACCUCGGCCUGAAACACUCAGGUGGUUGCGUGGAGGUCUUCUAACCAGCGGGACAGAAGACCUGCCCAGGCGUCAGAGACCGAGAGCUGUGUUGGGUUUCGAUGGCCGUGGCUGGAUUACAUCUUAGUCACCAGAAAUCCCUGCAGAUGUGGAACUGGAUGAACUGAAAUAAUUGUACAAAACAAAGACUUUGAAACAUCGACAAAACACGAAUACGUAGCUACAUGUCACAUAGAUUCUAGAGUUGCAGACACACUACAUGCACACCUACAGCAAACACAACGGACACUCGGUUACAGUUGUUCUCCUCUGGAACCACGUCGGGGCUACAUCAAUAUCAAAUCAUACACAUUACAGACACACACACACACACACACACAAGCAUCAUCGCUCACCAAUAUAAACGCUGAGCUUUGUAAAUAUAAAAGUUUGUGUUUUGAUUUUUCUCUCAUAGUGGUUUUGAUUUAUUUCUCUGUUCAACAUGCCUUAAAUUGUAUAGUUCGGUCCUGAACGGCUAACUGAAAAUGUUUAAGUUGAAAAUCACCUCCUUAACUGUCCUCUAAAGUCAAAGAAAGAAAUUAGCUUUCUACAAGACUGUUUACUGUUGGCAGUCUGUUCUGUAUUAACUUGAUACGUGUACGUCUGAUCACCAUGAACGUUACUAUUUUGCUACAGAAUAGAACAGUAAGCAGUCUUUGAUUAAUCUGAUUUUACUGGUGGUUAGCUUUUGUUGCCCUUUUGGUUUCCUUAAAAUGAAGAGUGGAUGUGUUCAGAUUUCCUGUUUAGAUUAUUGCUGAAGGUGCAGGCUUAAUAAAGGGCUGAAGUCUGUACUGUCUGGAGCUGAGCUGACAGGGUGGGAUGCACAGAAUUGGCUUAAAGCACAGACUUGUUGCUGUGUGCUAACUAUUGUUGGAUGUACUGCUCUAGGCAAAACUGAACCAGAGUGGCAGGUCCUCCUCAAAGAGAUACAAGUUGGGGCUUUUUGGUAAAAGUUUUUACACUCCGGUGGACUUAAAUGUUUUGGAUCAACUAGGUACUUUUUACAGUUAAAGAUGUUAAAUCAGGCUUGUAAGAGGCACCAUUGUAAGAGCAAGCUUGCAUGAUUUGUAAUAUUUGUGGGUUUUGACACUAAACCUUAAGGCGGGUCACAACUUGGCCCAGAUUGCUUUAGCUCUGUCUCUGCCCUGAGUAGUGCUGCUGACCAUUUCUGAUGGCGCCGUAUAGAUAAAGAAUUGUCUGAUCAGUUGUGUUAUCUGAAAGGAAAUUCUAUGUUCAGGAAAUUUGAAACUUGUUCCAUGUUAUGUAUUAUCUAAUUGGAUUGGAGAGAUUCAUGCUUUUAGUCAACCAGUAGUUAUUUUUGUAUCCUCGAUAACUAAACAAUAUGUUUUUAAACUAAAUGGCAACUGAUGUUCAUUGAAUACCUUCAACUUAAACUUCUACUUAGCUGAGGUUUUGGUGGAUAGUUACCUGCUAUAGCUAACUGUGUAAACUGAAGUAGCCACAGUAGACUCCGGUAUGUCAUAACUGUUGAAUUGAUAAUAAAUGGUUACAACGUUUAAUAUUAUCAGUUGCCAAAUCAAAGAAAUCGACUUUAACCACAUGAUGAUACUAUCAAGUCUCUUAUUUGUGAAUGACUUUAAAAAUACCUAUGUUUGACGUUUUUAAAAGCUGAUAUUGUGCAGUAUUAGUUGUUGGUCAGUCAGUCUGUCUACAAAAAGUCAAACAAGGUUGUUUGCACUAUGCAAGCUUUUAUGAUUAGAUAAACUGCAAUGUUGUGUUGUGUUAAAAAGCCCCAGAUGUUUGGUUGCAUCCUUUGAAAAGAUCCUGUCACAGCCUGCCCACUUAACUGUAUAAGUUGACCAUCUGGUUUAUUUGAGCUCUGGUAACUAGAGUUCCAACAAUAUUGGCCUAAAAGAUAUUUUUCCCCCAGUCAGCUCAGCUCCUUUGCUUAACAAGUCUUUGAAUGUUGUUAAAAUAGCAGCAUACAUGUAAGAGUUUUGGAAAAGAACAACUGCAAGAUGUGUAAAUAGUUUGGCUUUGAAGAACAAAAAUAAAUACUAAA